GGGUAAUGUCAUACCCAGCCUUAAGAAAAGUUCACUUCUUACUCAGCAUCCACUGACCCCGCCGGUCUAAGUGAGAAAAAUAAUGACAAAAACACUGGCACUAUUGCGUGAUUUAGCAUGGCUGCAGCUGAGCGUGUUGACCGUGUGGAGCGUGUGUUGGGGAUGCCAGCCGCCCCCGUUGGCUCUCCCCUGGCCACUGCCAGUGACCCAUGGCCAUGGGCCCCCAGCGCCAGACCUAGAAGACCUGAUCACGGAGGCCAUGCGGACGAGACAGGACGAGCGCAUCACUCUGCCGCUGGCCGCGAACGCGGGCAUCCUGGAGGGCCUCCUGAGCCGGCCCCGGCUGGGCGAGGACGCGACGUUCCGCUGCGAGGCGCCACCCGGGGGAGACUGGCGCUCGCUGACCUGGCUGCACCGUGGACGCACCGUCUUCGAAGCAGGCCACGCCCCGCCGGAGGACCCGGCACAGCGCUACAACGUCAGCCGCGUGGGUGACCGCCGUCUGCAGCUGGUGGUCCUCAACGUCACCGCCUACUCGGGCGGGCCGAUCCUCUGCGUGGAUGCCACGCCCACCCAGAACCACACCAGCCAACCGCGCGUUCUGCGCCGCUUCACGCUCCUCCCGCUGAUUGCCCGCGCCAGCGAAGUCUUCGCGCCGCUGCCCGAUGGCGGGGCGCGCGUGACCAGCGUGGGCGCGGCCAGCAUCAUCCCCUGCCGCGUCCGCCUGCCGCUCCCGGAGGCCGUUCUGCGCAAUCAGAAGAACCAUCUGUUCUGGCGCUACAAGGGCCGCACUCUCAGCCAACCCACGGAGCGGCCGUACGGCGACCUGCCCCGCUCCCGGAAACCAUCAACCAUCACGGGCACGCCCAACCCGCCUAUAACCGCAUUCAACAACCUCCCCGGACACUUCCUCAACUAUGGACUGCAGUUGCGACACCAUCAAGCGGACGACGGCGGCGACGUGCAGUGCUUCUUCCGGCCCCACGAAGGGGUUCACGAAAGGGUAUUUCAAUCCACUAGCAUAACGGUGCUUGGCGCAUAAUUCUGUGACCACAGAUUAAGUUUGUCCUUCGUUUGUCGUUAUUAUAUAACGAAGUCUGUCUGUUUUUGACAGUGAUCAAAAUAAAUAUUUAUUUGUCCACUUUCAGCAUGGACGCAUGGAAGCCGUGUUCUUACAU